UCUUUAUUUAAUUUUCAGGAACCGAAGAGAUCGUGUGCUUUCUUCCGAAGCUUUGUUGGCGGCAACGCAAAUCUGCAUUGCGAUGGCGCCUCCGAAGUUCUUCGUCUUCGCACUUUCAGUAACCCUAAUUUUCGCCUUCGUUGUGGCCGAAGCAAGCACCGAAGAACCUGAUUCCUCCGCUAUCAAGAUCCAAUUAGAUCAACUCAAUUCCAAGAUCCAAAUUCUUGAGUCUCAAAUCAUUGUGAAGUCCGAAGAAGUGAAGAAGAAGGACGAAGUUAUAGCAGACAAGGAAAAACUCAUUCAAGAUAAACUGGGAACCAUUGAAUCACUGCAGAAUGAGAUUGCUUCACUCCAGAAAAAAGGGACAUUGGAUGCUGAGGAGCAGGUUGGAAAGGCUCAUGCACGUGCUGGUGAACUACAGAAGCAGGUUGACAAGCUUCAAAGGGAACUAGAAACACAAAACAAGGAGAAAGUGAACUGGGAAACUCGGGUAGUUGAGUUAGAGAAAAAGAUUGAUGACUUGAACUCAAAAUUAGAACAUGUUCAAAAGAUAAAUGAGGAACAGAAGAUAAAAAUUCGUAAAACUGAACGUGCUCUUAAUGUUGCUGAGGAAGAAAUGAUUAAGGCAAAGUUUGAGGCAACUUAUAAAGAAAAAGAGCUAAGGGAGGCUCAUGGUGCUUGGCUUCCACCUUGGCUUGCUGUACACUAUAUUCAUAGUAAGUCCUUGGUUGAGAAUCACUGGAAUAAACAUGGGAAACCUGCUUUGGAAGUGUUUACUCAGAAGGCCAUGGAGAAAAAGGCACAAGUUGGAAAGUGGGCUGAACCUCAUGUAGAAACCAUUCAAACCAAAUGGAUCCCAGCUGUAAAGGAACAGUGGUCUGUGGUGAAAACAAAUGCUGAACCUCAUGUGCAAUUAUUGACUGUGAAAAUUGUUGAAGCUUACGAGACAUCAAAGAAUACAAUUUCUCCCCAAUUAAGCAAGGCAAAAGAAUUUGUAGAUCCUUAUUAUCAGGAAGCUAGAAAGUUCAGCAAGCCAUACAUUGAUCAGGUUGCUGUUGCAGCUAAACCUCAUGUUGAUAAAGUACAGGUGGUUUUGAAGCCCUACACAGCGAAGGUUGUUCAUGCUUAUGGGAAGUUUUUGGAUACAGCUACUACAUAUCAUGGCCAGGUCCAAGCUACUGUCCAGGAGACACUGAAAACGCAUGAGCUUACUAGACCUCUUGCCACCAAAGAGUUGGAAUGGUUUGUGGCCUCUGCCCUUUUAGCCUUGCCUAUUAUUUUACUGGCUAAAGUUUUUUCAGCUGUUUUCUGCAAAAAAGCGAAUAAACCUGCUCGAAAUGGAAACACUCACCAUCCACGUCGUAAAGCUAAGCGAGUGCAUCCAGACAAGUAGAUAGCAUGAAGUUGGUUCCUUCUUUAUAUUUUUGGGAGAGAAAUUUAGAUGAUUUUUCUUGUUGGCAUGGGCUUAUUUGGCGCUAUAUCUUUCCUGUGCGGCAGGGUUUGAAUAUUUUGCUUCUCUUUUUUGUUGGGUGAGGUAACUUCAGGAUGUUUUCACUGUAGAGUUGGGGAUACAUGUCUAGAUGUUCAUGUAUUAUGGCUUGUGUUAUAUUUGUUACUAGACUUUGCACAAAUGUUUCCACUUAAUUUAUUAUGUUAGUUAGAAUCAUAACUAGUUCUGCCCCUGUUGCUGUUUUAUGUGGAACUAGAAAUUUAUUACUAAAAGAAACUAAUUCAUGGGUUACACUUUUACUUUGUAAUAAUUUAUAACUUUUUAUUU